AAACGAUUGGAUUUGAAAACAAACUUUGAGUGAAACGCACAAACAUUUCUGACAUUUAAAACACACUUUUCAUCGCAAUUAUUGUCAAUUCAUUGAACCAAUUGAUGCCUAAAUUGAGUGUUUCAUAAGUUUUGACACAAAAAUGUUUGGCUUCUUAAGGAAAACAACUAUCUGCAACCGGGGUAUGAAGUUGUAUGAGCCGGAUGUGGUCACCCAGAGGGCAACCCUCGCACUCUCGUGAUUCUGGUUCCCAGAGGCACAGUUCGGAUGCGCACCGGGAGUAUGUAUCUGUUUGCGAAGUGAUCCGGACUCGAGUGGGCUAUACGGGUGGCACGACACCGAACCCCACUUACCACAAGUUAGGCGAUCACACGGAGACCAUUGACAUCCAAUACGACCCCAAUAUCACCACUUAUGAGAAAAUUCUGGGCAUGUUUUGGGACAACCAUUCGCCGACCCAAUGCCACAAAAGGCAAUAUAUGUCCGCUAUUUUCUACCACAACCCACACCAGAAGCAAUUGGCCGAAGAGUCGAUGAAAGAGAUGCAGAAGAAGUACGCGAAACCAAUUCAGACACUGAUAUUGCCGUCCGAAGUGUUUUAUGAGGCGGAGGACUAUCACCAGAAGUUUAUGUUAAGGAAACACCAGAAUCUGGUCAAUAGUCUGGGUUUGAGUGACAAGCAGUUGAUUGGUUCGCAUAUCGCGGGCAGACUUAAUGGCUAUUUGGGACACUUCGGCACUUUCGAGGCCUUCAACAAAGAGGUGGACAAUUGGGGCAUCACUUCCCACCAGAAGGACUACGUAUUGGAACAAAUGAAGUCUUCGGAUUUCGGUCACUGUUAGGCCUUCCGUGUUAUGGAUCUGUGCGUAGAUUUAGUGAUAAUUAAGUGAUACAAUGGAUAACUAAAUGAUAAUAUGAUUGCC